CCCAUCGUCUUCUCCAUCUCACGACUCUUUCUUCUCCACAAACAACACAGAGAGUAAAAAUCUUUAUUCCUCACCAAAAAAACAAUGGCAAAUCUUUCUGUAUCAUUCUCCUUCAUCCUCCUAAUCGCAACCCUCCCAUGGAUUCAAAGCCUAAACCCAAAAAAACCCGUAAUCUCAAGACACGUUUCUCAAAAACAAACCGUCACCAACAUCCAAUUCUACUUCCACGACACCGUCAGCGGGAAAACCCCCUCCGCCAUCAAGGUCGCCGAGGCCCCAACCUCCAGCAAAUCUCCGACCCUCUUCGGCGCCUUGUUCAUCGCCGACGACCCUUUGACAGAAUCACCCGACCCUAAGUCCAAGGAGGUGGGUCGGGCGCAGGGGCUGUACGGAUCCGCAGGGCAGCAGGAACUGGGCCUAUUGAUGGCAUUAACCUACGAGUUUACGGCCGGCAAGUUCAAAGGCAGUUCCGUUGUUGUUUUGGGGAAGAAUUCGGUGAUGCAUACCGUUCGUGAGUUGCCAAUCGUUGGAGGGACGGGAGUUUUCCGAUUCGCUCGUGGGUAUGCAGAGGCGAGGACAUAUUGGCUUAACAGUGUUGGUGAUGCCAUUGUUGGUUAUAAUGUAACAGUUAUACACUAAGAUAAAUCCCCAUUUGCAACGAUAAUAUACUAAUUGUUCUUCUCCUAUUUAUGAUCAAGAAAUUAUUAGAGAAUAUCUAAAAUCAUAGGAUCUAUAUUAAACAUAUUAUUAAGCUAAGAUACAACUGUAGACUAUAAUGUUUUAGGUACAUGUGUACUACAUCCCAAUAAUCUUUUCUUUGGUCUAAUGGUCCCUUAGUUGAUUUUCACACAUGCAGUUGUCUCAUGGGGUUCAAAUAUUAGCUAACAAACCCAAUACUUUUUUGUUUUA